CUUUAAAUAUCUUCAUUCUAACAACUGCUGUCUAUUGAAGGUUUGAGACGGCCACACAAGUAUCCACCAUGCCUACCGACUACAGUGGCACAUGGGACAUGACUAGUAAUGAAAACUUUGAAAGUUACAUGGUUGCUCUUGGCAUUGAUUUUGCAACACGCAAGAUUGCAAACAUGUUGAAACCUCAGAAAGUGAUUGAGCAAGACGGGGAUUCUUUCACCAUCAAAACAUUCACUACCUUCAAAAACUACACAGUCUCAUUCAAGAUUGGGGAAGAGUUUGAGGAGGUGACCAAAGCCAUGGAUAACAGAAAAGUCCAGACGGUGGUCAACUGGGACAAUGAUAAACUGGUGUGUGUUCAGAAGGGAGAGAAGAAGAACAGAGGGUGGACACACUGGAUAGAAGGAGAUGAGCUCUAUCUGGAAAUCACCUGUGGGGAUAAAGUCUGCAAGCAGAUUUAUAAAAGGAGUGCUUGAUACUUCUUUCACCAUAAAGUUUGCCCAAUAUUUCUUCAACCUUACAUUUGCUAAAUAUUCUUCAUAAAUGUAUCACUAAUAUGACAUGCUCAUGGUAUGUUUUGAGUAUGCAAAAUAAUUCAAAUAAAAUAGUCAACAUUUUAACAACAUGAAUAAAAACAACAUGAUAUACAUUUGAGGAUUUCGUGAUUAUGUACAAUACAUUUAAUCUACUAAAAACCAUGAAUAAAGCACUGGACCAUGAAUGCAUUGUUUUGUAAUACUCCAGCCCAGCAGGUGGUGCUAUAGGCCUAGUAUUGGUUCAAUUGGAUGACACCAUCCGCCUUUCUAAGCGCGCAAUUUUUCAAGUUUAGCGGAAUUUGAUUUGUCGUAAAGAUUAUUCCAUGCCCAUUAGCUAGCUACUCUACAAACGAUUGUACAUAUUGUUUCGUUUUCUGUUUUAAAUAUCAUCUGGUGAAAAAGUGUAUGAGUAAACCAGUGUGAUAGGCUAUGUAUGCUAUCCACUACUAGCUGCCGAGCUAACGUGAACUGUCGGGAGAAAAUGGCAACAGCAAUGGACGAGGAGGAAAGAAAACUUCAGAGACUGAAAGCAGCAGUCCACUAUACAGUGGGAAGACUGUGUCAAAGCAUUGGUGAGGAUCAUCAGAAGGAAUUCAGUCGACAGGUUAUAGCAGCAAUAGCUGAAACGACGUUCAGGCAAUGUGGCAUGCCAAAAGAAGCACAGUAUCUGUAGAGGAUGUGAAGCUUACAGCUCGUCGAAGUACUGCACUGUCUAACUUCAUACAAAGGAAGAGUGAAGAGAUUGCCAGCGCCAACCAGGAGCAGAGAGACACAAGGAAGAAGAUUGCAGGGAAGAGGAAGAAUAUAGAGAUGGUGUAGGGAGGGAAAACAUGCUACCCUAGUACUAAGUUAAUGGGUUCGAUUAUACAGACAGUUAAUAGCAUGUGUGCUUUUACUAAUACGGCAAACUGCUCGACCAAACUUGCAGAAAAUAUUUAUUGAUUACAAUUCCAAGUGGUACAGCAAUAUUAUCUUCAUUGGUUGAAAUGUAAGCACUGUUCCAAUGUCUUCUCCAAAUGUAUUUACAGAUCUACACAUUAACAUCAGUUCAAUACAAUGGUGAAGGGCAACAGGUGUUCCCAUUCACCAUUGAGAUGUGCUGUAAUAUCCUGUGUACACAAUCUGAAAUAUCAACCUGUUCAUUGUCUUGUCCUAAAGAAUAGAUUAGUUCUACCCAAUGCUGCAAUGUUACUUUAAAAUAGCCAAAUAAACAAUACUCAUCAGGUCUGAUUAGAAAUGUAUCCAAACUUACUACUCCUUUUAGGUUACCAUAAAUAUAAGAGACCCCAUUUCAAGCCUGUGAGGACUUCAGUCUUCAUCCUUCAGGACACUGACUCCAGUCCGGGUUCAGAUGGAAACCUCGGUCAGCAGUGUCCAAGGUCCCUAGAUAUGUGAAUUAAAUUAGAUUUUGACAACUCAAAUGUCACAAAAGUACCCAGUAUUCAUAUAAGCAUAUCUAUUCAAAAACAACGUUUUAUUAGAGAACUCUUAUUUGACAUGUCUAAAACACCUUUGAAACACACUGAAUCACACUGGGAAAUAUGACAACCACACCACUCCAUGCUCUCACACCAACACUCACGUCCCCAGUGUCCUCGGCAGGUGUCAUCCACAUCAAGUUCACACUUACAGAGCAUCAAUAACAAGGAAAGAAACCACACACACCAUACAGCAUUCAGGUCAGGUAGGUUAUAUAAGCAAGACAAAUAUUCAGCACAACAUUCCACACUACAUUUGUGUAGUACUUCUGCACUUGAUCAAUAAGGGUAGGAAACAUUGCUACAAUAAAAGAUCUUGAAGUACUACUAAAUGAAAGUCCAUUUUAGGGGGAAGGAGCUUGUAGCAUCUGCAGCUUCCAUUCACUCUCACAAAAGCAGUCAAAUUGGGCUCUUUCAUCGCACAACCAGUCCGUUUCACGCUUUCUUUUUCUCUCUCCGUUCGCUCACUCAUCGAUUCACUCUUCGCCACAAGCCAUCCUCAGUCGCACUCAUGAGUUCUUAAAAUGUCAGCUGCGCAGUUCUUUCCAUUAAAAAGUGGAUAAAAAAUGAAACACCCACCGUCUCUUAGAACAUGCGGAGUGAAGCCGUUGUUUGAUGGCAAAGCAUUUACAGAUGGGAAGAGGGAGAGUGAUACUGACAUCACCCAAAGAAUGCUGCCAAAGAGGAGCUUCUUCCCGGGAAAAUGGAAGAGAAGUGAACUGCAGAAGAGAUUGUAGUGAAGGUUUUUCCAUUGAACUUGACUGCAAAUAAAGUUGCACUUAAACA